CUCAAUUUCUUCCAAUCACACUGUACACUUCGAUAUCUGCAAAAUCUCUUCAAAUCUAAAAUCGUUGUUUAGUUCGAAGAAGAUGAGUACAACAGGCGCAGGAAGCGGAACAACCAAAGGUGGGAGAGGUAAGCCCAAAGCAACCAAAUCCGUCUCCCGUUCAUCUAAAGCCGGUCUUCAAUUCCCCGUCGGAAGAAUCGCCAGAUUCCUUAAAGCCGGUAAAUACGCCGAGCGUGUCGGUGCCGGUGCUCCGGUCUAUCUCUCCGCCGUUCUCGAAUACCUCGCCGCUGAGGUGUUGGAGCUCGCUGGAAACGCAGCGAGGGAUAACAAGAAGACGCGAAUUGUACCAAGACACAUACAGCUUGCGGUGAGAAACGAUGAGGAGCUUAGUAAGCUAUUGGGAAGUGUGACGAUUGCGAAUGGUGGAGUUUUGCCUAAUAUUCAUCAGAACCUUUUGCCUUCAAAGGUUGGUAAGAACAAAGGAGAUAUUGGAUCUGCUUCUCAGGAGUUCUGAGUUUCUCUCUUCCUUCUUCUUUUGUACCUUUCUUAGUUCAGUUUCUGUUGUUUGCUUUGAACGUGUAAAAUAGAUUUGGUUUAAAUGCUUUUUUUUAAGUAUUAAGGCUUUUGGAGAUAUAUGUUUAAUUACUGAAUGUGUAUUCGGAUCAUGAUGGAUGGAUCAAUGGGACUGAAGUAAAAAGCAAUAUAUCUUCGCAGAAACAUUUGCAAAGUCUGAAUACAAAAAAGGCAUACAUGUUUUUAUA